AUGGGAAGUAGAGGUCUUCACAAAAGAAGAUCAUCUUAGUUCAGCUCUGGAAAGGAAUCAAUUUAAAAUUUCAUUCAAAAAGCUUAGAUUGCCCCGCAGACCCCGUGCCUUGAAAAUGAAGCUUUAGCUUCAGCUUUGAUGAAAUAAAAUUAGCAAGAUAGGAACAAUAAUUUGAAGUAUAGAAAUAGUCGCAAUUAAAGCUAGCUUGGUGUAUUCACUUAAGGAAGUAAGUUAUCACCUCAAAGCAGCAUUCACAGUAACCAUUUCUUAGCUUUUUCAUCCAAGCUAUCACCAGGUCUUCCAAAAAGCAGUCCAUUAAAGCUAUAUCACUAGCAUUCAGAUCAUCCACCUUAACCGUCUUCAAAGAAGUUUAUGAAUCAUAGUUAAGACUAAAGUGCAUAUUCUAAUACUCAAAGCAAUAAUUAAAGAUAAAGAAUUAAUAUGCAGAAUUAGGGUUUAAGUGGCACUGGCUAGACUAGAGUGGUAAGUAACAUGAAUCAGCAUUCAAAACUUCAGGACACAGAUGAAUCCAUUUUUCUUAAGGAAUCAUCCAGAUUUAACCUGGGCAAGCAGAUCUCAGUCAAGUGUAAUAUGGUCAAUGAUUUCAAAGUAUUCUAACUUGACACUACUUCUGACUAUUCGAGCCGAAAACAAAGACAUCAGCUCCAGCAUAUCAAGCCUCAAAACACAGGCAUAUCUUCCUAGCAAAUGCAAGAGAUAAACUAGACCAAAAUAUCUCAAUUUAUGAAAAGAAUACAGUAAAGCAAUCUUAUGAACAUUUAAAAGAGUGUCCUACCAGAUGAAAGCAAAGUUAAGUACUCCAAAAAUCAUGGAAACUUAGUCAACAUUAUAACUGCAAGUCAGUUCGGUUAGUUAUUUGCAAGCUUCAACUCCCCUGACAAGAUUAUGGUCAAUGACUAACUAAUUGGCAAAAAUCCUUUUAAACAAAAUCCUAAUGAUCCACAUAGCAACAUCAAUAUUAUUAAGCUAAGCACAUUUAAGAGACAAAAAUUUGCCAAAAACGAGAUAAUGAGUGCUUAGAUAGAGAGUAACUCACCUGAUUUACUGUAAGUUGAUAAGAGAGAUGGAUCCCCUGCUGAGUCUUAUUCUAAGACAUUGCUAAACAGAAUAGUUGAAAACUAAAGUGAUAAUGAUAAGAAUAUGGAAUAGGAUGAGGAUGAGUACCCAGAAGAGACACUUGAGAUGAAUCCAAAUAUCAGAAGAAGCAGGUACUUUUGA